GCCCGGGCAGGCCUGUGCCCGCCGCCCUGCGCCUGCCGCCUUCCCCUGAUGGACUGCAGCCGCAGGAGGCUGCCCGCGCCCGGCUGGAGGGCACUGUCAGGCCCGCUGCCCCCCGACACUUCCAGCCUGGAUUUGAGUCACAAUCGGUUGUCUAACUGGAACAUCAGCUUCGAAUCACAAACAUUACAAGAAGUGAAAAUGAAUUACAAUGAGCUAACAGAGAUCCCAUAUUUUGGAGAACCAACACCUAAUAUUACUCUACUUUCAUUAGUCCAUAAUUUAAUACCAGAAAUAAAUGCAGAAGCACUUCAGCUUUACUCUGCUCUCGAGAGUUUAGACCUCAGUUCCAAUAUAAUAACAGAAAUCAAGACAUCUUCAUUUCCUCAAAUGUCGCUGAAAUACCUGAAUUUGAGUAAUAAUAGGAUAACCACCUUGGAGGCCGGUUGCUUCGACAACUUAUCGGGUUCUUUAUUAGUGGUAAAAUUGAACCGUAACCGAAUUAGCAUGAUUCCACCUAAAGUCUUCAAGCUGCCUCAUCUCCAGUUCUUGGAGCUGAAAAGAAACAGGAUUAAAACUGUAGAAGGCCUCACCUUCCAAGGUCUUGAUUCCUUACGCUCAUUGAAAAUGCAGCGAAAUGGAAUUAGCAUACUCAAAGAUGGAGCAUUUUUUGGCUUGAAUAAUAUGGAAGAGUUAGAACUGGAACAUAAUAACCUUACAGGAGUGAGCAAGGGGUGGCUAUAUGGCUUGCGAAUGUUACAGCAACUGUAUAUGAGCCAGAAUGCUAUUGAAAGAAUCAGCCCCGAUGCAUGGGAGUUCUGCCAGAGACUAUCUGAACUGGAUUUGUCCAAUAACCAACUGACCCGCCUUGAUGAAUCUGCCUUCGUGGGUUUGAGUUUACUGGAGAGAUUGAAUUUAGGGGACAAUAGAGUCACUCAUAUUGCUGAUGGUGUAUUUAGGUUUCUUUCCAAUCUUCAAACACUAGAUUUGAGAAACAAUGAAAUUUCAUGGGCCAUAGAAGAUGCUAGUGAAGCCUUUGCUGGACUCAAAAGUCUCACUAAAUUAAUCUUGCAAGGAAACCAGAUUAAGUCAAUUACACAGAAAGCAUUCAUUGGUCUUGAAUCCCUUGAGUAUUUAGAUUUGAACAACAAUGCUAUAAUGUCUAUCCAAGAAAAUGCUUUUUCUCAGACUCAUUUAAAGGAACUUGUUCUGAACACAAACAGUUUGCUCUGCGAUUGUCAUUUGAAGUGGCUCCUUCAGUGGCUGGUGGAUAACAACUUUCACCAUUCUGUGAAUGUAAGCUGUGCGCAUCCUGAGUGGUUAGCAGGGCAAAGCAUCCUGAAUGUGGACCUGAAAGAUUUUGUCUGUGAUGAUUUUCUGAAGCCGCAGAUGAGGACACAUCCUGAAAGCACAGUUGCUUUGCGAGGUGCUAAUGUGACUCUGACAUGCACUGCGGUGAGCAGCAGUGAUUCGCCCAUGUCUACUGUAUGGCGCAAGGACAGUGAAAUCCUCUACGACGUGGAUAUCGAGAAUUUUGUUCGCUAUCGGCAGCAGGCUGGAGAAGCUCUGGAAUAUACUAGUGUCCUGCACCUCUUCAACGUGAACUUCACAGAUGAAGGGAAAUACCAGUGUAUUGUCACUAAUCACUUUGGCUCUAAUUAUUCACAGAAAGCCAAACUGACUGUGAAUGAGAUGCCGUCUUUUCUAAAAACACCUAUGGAUCUAACUAUUCGCACUGGUGCCAUGGCCAGAUUAGAAUGUGCUGCAGAAGGGCACCCUGCACCUCAGAUUUCCUGGCAGAAAGACGGUGGCACUGACUUCCCUGCGGCCCGAGAAAGGCGAAUGCAUGUCAUGCCUGAGGAUGAUGUCUUCUUCAUUGCCAAUGUGAAGAUAGAAGACAUGGGGGUCUACAGCUGCAUGGCACAGAAUAUCGCAGGCGGCCUCUCAGCGAAUGCCUCCCUCACUGUGCUAGAGACACCCUCGUUUGUUAGACCUCUGGAGGACAAGACCGUCACUCGAGGUGAAACAGCAGUAUUGCAGUGCAUAGCUGGAGGGAGUCCUGCUCCUCGCCUCAAUUGGACCAAAGAUGAUGGGCCGCUCUUAGUAACAGAACGACACUUCUUUGCUGCAGCCAAUCAGCUUCUCAUCAUUGUAGAUGCUGGGCUAGAAGAUGCUGGAAAAUAUACCUGCAUUAUGUCUAAUACUCUUGGAACAGAACGAGGACAUAUUUACUUAAAUGUCAUUUCAUCCCCCAAUUGUGACUCUUCUCAGAAUAGCAUUGGACAUGAGGAUGAUGGUUGGACUACAGUUGGCAUUGUCAUCAUUGUUGUGGUCUGCUGUGUUGUAGGCACUUCUUUGAUCUGGGUCAUUGUUAUUUACCAUAUGAGAAGGAAAAAUGAAGACUACAGUAUCACAAAUACAGAGGAGCUUAAUUUGCCUGCAGACAUUCCCAGCUAUUUGUCUUCCCAAGGAACACUGUCUGAACCACAGGAAGGCUACAGCAACUCUGAGGCAGGCAGUCAUCAGCAACUUAUGCCUCCUGCCAACGGAUACACACACAAAGGCACUGACGGUGGCACUGGUACCCGAGUGAUCUGUUCAGAUUGCUAUGACAAUGCCAACAUCUACUCGAGGACCCGAGAAUACUGUCCAUACACCUAUAUUGCUGAGGAGGAUGUUCUGGAUCAGACUCUGUCCAGCCUCAUGGUUCAGAUGCCCAAAGAGACAUUUUUAUCACAUCCUCCCCAAGAUGCUGCUACUCUGGAGAGUCUGAUACCAUCAACAGAGAGAGAGCUGUCUGCCUUUCCCACCAACCAUGAGAGGAUGACUGAGAAGCUUCCCUUCUCACAGAUGAGCAGUGAAAUAUUCCAGCGGCCUCUGUGGAACAUGAACAGAGAACCAGGCCUGCUUCCCUUUUGCCAACAGCCUGUCCUUGAGUCACCGCAGCUUCAGCGACAUGAGGGCCUGGCAGAGAGGGAUCCAAACUGCUCUUCACCUGUGUCCUGCCACAGGUUACAUGACCACACUUUUGAUUUCAGCAGGACUCGGAACAUUCAAGAUGGUAGUGAGGGCACAUGAAGCCCGUCCACGAGGAAGUCUGAGCAGAGACUCAAGUUGGUCAUUUACUACCUCAGAGUUGAGAAGAACCCCCAAAGUCAGCGUUUGCAUUACUCUUUGCUUCGAAUUCUAUCUGGCCACACCAGAGUGGCCUGAUGUUUGGCCUUACACCUGGCGAAGAAAAGGUAGUGGUGACUGGCAGAAAUGUGCUACGGAAAUGUGUACCACGUUAAGAGUACACAGCCCCGGCAGAAGACGAUAUGGACAACUGUCCCUCCAGACGGCCUCACAGUGACAUGCCUAGGUGUGCACUGCCUGUCAUGAAGGGUGUCAUUGCUGCUUAGCCUACUGGCUUGCUCCAGUCCUCAGAAUGGUCGUGAGAAGGCAUUACUGCUUUGACAUUUUACUUUGCCUUCUAAGCAAGGAGCAGAAAUAACUUCUGAGCUUUCCUAAGUCUGACCAAGACUCGAGAAUGGAGGCCGAGACUUUGAUAUUCAAGGUCUUUGGCUAGACUCCAAGUUUCGCCGACUGGUACCAGAGCAGAGGCUUUUGUAUUCUUCUAGAGUUUUUUCUUUUUCUUUUUUUUUGUGUGUGUGUGUGUUGUAUGUUUGUUUUGUCCCUAUAACCAGGGAUGUCAUUGUAAAUAUAUGUGCAUUUAUAAAUAAUUUUUCUACUUAUUGAUCUUGUGUGUUGGCUACAGUGUAAAUAUUUUUGAUAUGCCCAAAUUAUAUGUAAUGUCUAUCUGGUUUCUGUAUGGGCAGCAGCUUCUCAAGAUCACAGACUUUACAUAACUUAGUGUAGUGAGGUCUACACACUGUUUAAAGCUCUAAGACUCUCUGUCACGAAGCUCAUGUAGAGGGACAGGGUACUUUGUGACUGUGUGCUCACAGACGACUCAAGCUUGGCAUAAUUCACUGCUUGCUUCAUGCCUGAAGGUCCACACAGCUGAUCACUCGCCACCUGUUUACAAGUGCCAGGUGAUACUCUUGUUCUCGCUAGCAUAAAUGUCUUGUUCUUCCAGAGCCCGGCAGCCUUGCCACAGCCCUGUGAGCGUAGAAGAUGGCUUAUUUGGGGAUUGUCUUCUUUCAGCAAAGUGCUUUGAUGACAAGGAAACCAAAGAUUGUUCUUUUUUUAUGUUUACUUUGUUUUUAAUCUCCACGAAUGUAGAGUAUUAAGAAGGGAAGUGUGCUCUCGGGAGCCAAGAAACUUUAUGUAAACAGCGAAUGCAACACUAAUGCUAAUGAAAUGUCCUGUGCUUUCAGUCUGUCCUCUGUAUGUAAUACCAGCUUUCUGCUAGAUAGCUCUCGACUUCUAAAGGUGUUUAUUUUUGAGUAAUUGUAUAUUUCUAGAAUUCCAAAUUCACAGGUUUUUAGCUUUUUAUUAGAAAGUUAAGAUGAAUUUAUGACUUUUUCCAUGCUUGUUUUAAUCCUAAAUAUUUCUUCUUGAGAUAGCAGCACUGUUAGCUUUUUAAAUUUUCCUUUUCUACUUAAAUCGUCAUGUUUUCUUCAUUUUCAUUUUGAACCUUUAAAAUAUUAUUAUAGUGUUUCAUCCCUUUGGACCAUACGCUUUCUUCCAUUUGGACUGUGUUCCAGUUUUAUGGUGGUCUGACUAGAAAUUAAGAGCCGGGCCCCUUCCUGGUGCUGCUCUGGCUAGCCACAUCUGACUCUUACUGAUGGAAAGAGGCUGUUUACUAGCUGCUCUAAGCUGCUCUCCAGGAACCAAAGAGGAUUGUGCUACUUCAGUAAAGAGCCGCCUUUGUGAACUGUUAGCUAGAUCAAGAGUCAUGCUGCUUGCUCUGACUUUAGCUGUAUUUAUUUCCCCAAAACAGGACUAAUGGUCUAAGAAAUGCUCAGGGGAGGGAACUGUUUUAAAUCUCUGCUUUUAAACAGUGUCAGUAAACAAAGACUCACAUCUGAAUUGAAAAGCUGCCUUUUGUCUCCGGAGCAGCAGUGCAGAUGUCACCUCUAAGCUCCAGCAGUGACCUUUCUGCUGGGGUGUCAGGCUGAUCUCCUAAGGGUUGUGAAAGAAAUGUUGGACUUCCAUCCCAGAUAUCCCUGGCUUGUUACAUAACUUAUUAGGAAUCCAUCUACAUAUGGGAAGAGCCUGCCUCUGCUCUUAAAAUAACAAUUGCUUCUUACAUUAGAGAAAGGAAUUCCUGAAAAAACUUGCCCAUGUUUGACCAAACAGUGUCUACCCUCCAAGAGUGAUAAAAUUGACGUCUCCUCAGCGCUUCUUCCAGGCUGGACAGGAUCCACUUAGGACAAUGUUAACUAGGGACAUUGUAGAGCCAGGCAGACUGAAAUGCUGAGAGAAGUGGUCCAUCCCCACCCCCCAGCCAGCUCCUACUUCAUUUCAGUUGGAACUACACAAGCUCUCUGAAUUUGUUUGUGCCCCUCAUGGGCUGAUAAGCCCGUAUAGUAAGUAGCCUUUUCCUUGAACUCAAAGUCGUACAGUACUCAGCAGCUGAUGGGUUUCUGCUGGUCGCACCUUCAUCUGCAGGCUGCUGUCCAGAUAGGAAGCAUGUGAAAUCCAGCCCUGUGAACAGCUGUCUGUAAGACCCCACCCUAAAAGCUUUGCCCAGGCAGUUUUUGGUGAGGUGACUUUCACUCAGCAGGCUGUACAUUGCCCAGUGAGGGGUUGUAAAGGACCAAGCAGUUUUGGCACUGUCGGUCAUUCUGUGAAAAGGGGGACAUGAGAGAAGUCUUUAUGUACAUCUGGUUGUAGGGAGGUAUAAAGUACACAUCUUAGUCCAAUAAGUACACUUCUCUGGUGAUGGAAAUAACCUGCCUUUUGGAGGGAGGUGUGUGCAGACAUCAUUGCUAGCCAUGCUGAACAGAGUCCUCCGAUGGAGUGGAACACGGGCAAGGUCACUGUAAUGUCUGCCGUGUUUUCAUUAGCUUGGGAGUUUGUCCUUUGAUCUUUAUGUUUGGUUUAGUGCACUUCAGGAUUUUUUUUUUUUUAAACCAAGCCAUUGGGACUUUGGUUAACAAAAGAAUCUGAUCUGUGUUCCCCGCUAAAAGCAUGAAAUUGUAGCAUUAUUUUCUCUCAAGAAAAACCCUAUACUUUUGACACAAGUGCCAUUACUCUAACAAAAAAUUUAAGCCUGUGUUGUAUUAUAGCUCUUUACUCUGAUUUUUAAAAAAAUAUUACUAUUUUUUUUUUUAGCUCCCUGGCUUUGAACUCUCAAUCUCCUGCCUCAUCCUCCCAAAUGUGGCAACUACAGGUAUGUCUGUCUUGAUUAAUUUUUGUUUUUGCCCAUGGAGCCCAACUGAAGUGGAGUUGGUAUUGCAGUGUUCAGUUUUAGGAUGUUUUACCCAAGUUUGUGAUAGCCUUUUCUCAUUGGCUAUCCACUGAUGUGCUGUAGGGGUAAGGAGUAACAGGUAAGUGUGGCUGUUUUCCCCUGGUGCUGGGCAUUGAGCCUACAACUCUGUGAAUGCCAGGUGCAUGUUCUCCCACUGAGCUCAGACCCCCAUAUCUGUGCUCUUUUUAUGGGAGACUUGGUCUAUCUUUGGGCGUUUUCUUUUUUUCCUUUUGGCAGUCCUGGGGAUUGAUCUAUAGCCUCCUGCGUCCCAGGCAAGUGGUCUACCUCCGAGCUGCAGCCUCAGCUGAAAUGUUGUUUUGCUACAGAUUAAUGAGUGGUUAUAAAAGUAAUGGUACCAUAAAUGGCUGAGCUGAGUUUUUUUCUGUUUGGUGCUCUCUGCCAGUCCAGUAUGCACCUCCCUUUCCACUUUAUAUUUUUUGUUUGGAACAUGAUCUAAAGAUACAGCACUUAGCCUAGAUUUUCUUUUUCUUGUUCUUUUUUGAACAUUAGUUCAUUGGCAGAAGUACCAAGUUUCUGAAUUAGGGAUGUAUGAGAAACUGCACUUAGAGCAUCUGAAAACUCAAGACCCGUAGGCUUUGUGAGGAGGUGGGAGGGGAAGGAGAGUUUGGUGUGUGGUGUCCUGGGAACCAAACCCAGGUAAGCACUCUCGCAGCCCGUGUGCUGUAAGUUAUGAUUGGGUCCCUUCCUUCUUGGUUGCGCAUUGUUUCUUCGCAGCGCUGGUAACCAAGUGGUGGAGCGAGGGUGCAGAGCAGCUUGAUUUGUCUGCAUCUGGUGUUGGACGUGCAGUGAGUUUGUAGUGACUGUAAGUGUUUCCAAAGAGAAACUGAUCUUCAUACUUCAAGUGCCCUUGAAGUGUGUCCUGGCUGCUGGAGAUGGCCUCUUCACCCACCGAGUGACUUCUACUCCCUGCUGCCUUCUGUUCUCUUUUCCUGUUAGAGGCUGCCAGCUGAGCAGCCCUCCUGUAAGGCACCUCUAAAGAGAUACAAGCCACGUUGUUCGGUGUGGCUGUUUCCCGGUAUCGAUUAUAUUUUCUCACAUAAGAAUGUAUAUUUUAUAGAGCAUGUGUUCGUCCUGUCUACUGUAAUGUCAAUAAAGCUAAACCGUAAAUUUCUUGUCUUGCCUAAAGUA